AGGGCGGCCGGCGAGGCGGGCCAGGGCAGAGGCGCGCAGCAGGCUCCUCAGCACAGUAGCCGGGGCGGGGAAGAGGCGCGGCCCACCACACGGAGCCCACAAAGGCUGCUCCCCUUGCCCUCUCCGCCCUUCCUUGGCGGGAUCUUGCCCUCCGCCACCCGCUCUGUCUGUCUCAAAAGAGGCCCGAGUAUUCUACACAGUGGCACAACGGGUUAAACCACUAAGCUGCAGAACUUGCUGAUUGGAAGGUCGGCGAUUCGAACUUGUGGAGUGAGCCAAUAGGCCUGGAAGAAGUCUUUGUCUUGGAGUUAACACAGAGAACUUUUGAGACCAUUCAACAUGAAGAGCAUAGCAGAAGGAGGAUUCAGAGUAACUGCUUUCCUAUUCAUAGCUCAAGCCAUUUCUGCUAUGAUACUUCCCAAUGCAACACUGUUUGAGGAGAUGCUGGAAAAGUACAUGGAUGAAGAUGGUGAAUGGUGGGUUGCCAAGCAAAGAGGAAAAAGAGCCAUCACUGACAGUGAUAUGCAGAGUAUCUUGGAUCUUCAUAACAAGCUACGAGGUCAGGUGUAUCCACAAGCUUCCAAUAUGGAAUAUAUGACAUGGGAUGUAGAGUUGGAGAGAUCAGCACAGUCCUGGGCUGAGACAUGUCUUUGGGAACAUGGCCCUGCAAGUCUUCUCCCAUCCAUUGGACAGAACUUGGGAGCACAUUGGGGAAGGUACAGACCAUUAACAUUUCAUGUCCAAGCAUGGUAUGAUGAAGUGAGAGAUUUUAGCUAUCCUUAUCCUCAAGAAUGCAAUCCUUAUUGCCCAUAUAGAUGCACUGGUCCUGUGUGCACCCAUUAUACACAGGUGGUAUGGGCAACAAGUAGCAGAAUAGGUUGUGCUGUUAACUUGUGUCAUAACAUGAACGUCUGGGGGCAGAUAUGGCCAAAAGCAAUUUACCUGGUGUGCAAUUAUUCCCCCAAGGGUAAUUGGUGGGGACAUGCUCCAUAUAAACAUGGCCGUCCAUGUUCUGCAUGCCCACCUAGUUUUGGAGGAGGCUGUAGAGAAAAUCUGUGUUAUAAAGAGGGUUCAGAAAGAGUUUACUCUCCAGAGAUGGAAACCAAUGAAAUUGAACGUCAGCAGUCACAUGUUCGAGAGACAUCACAAAACAGAUUGAGGUCUCAUUCUGCUGAUGACAGUGAAAGAAAUGAGGUCAUCAGCAAACAACAAAUGUCGCAAAUUGUUUCAUGUGACGUGCGAUUGAGAGAUCAGUGCAAAGGAACAACUUGCAAUAGGUAUGAAUGCCCUGCCGGCUGUUUGGACAGUCAUGCCAAAGUUGUUGGAAGUGUUCAUUAUGACAUGCAAUCAAGUAUUUGCCGUGCUGCAAUACAUUAUGGCAUCAUUGACAAUGAUGGUGGUUGGGUUGAUGUUACCAGACAAGGAAGGAAACAUUAUUUCAUUAAGUCCUACAGAAAUGGAGUACAGUCAAUUGGGAAGUACCAGUCUGCUAAUUCCUUCAUAGUUUCUAAAGUAACAGUACAGGCCGUCACUUGUGAAACAACUGUGGAACAACUGUGUCCAUUUUACAAACCAGCUACACAUUGCCCAAGGUUGUAUUGUCCUCACAAUUGCAUGCAGGCAAAUCCACACUAUGCAAGAGUAAUUGGAUCACGGAUUUACUCUGAUGUAUCUAGCAUCUGCCGGGCAGCUCUACAUGCUGGAGUAAUCCGCAAUGAAGGGGGCUUUGUUGAUGUCAUGCCAGUGGAUAAAAGAAGAAUGUACAUUGCUUCAUUUCAAAAUGGCAUUUUUUCAGAAAGCUUACAGAAUCCUCCAGGAGGUAAAGCAUUCAGAGUGUUUGCUGUGGUUUAAAGACUACAACAAAAUUUUCAAAAACAAUAUCAAAAGACUGUUUGGAAGAAGAGAAAGAAAA